AUGAAAAGCGUACAGGCCAACAAACAGAAAAGAGAAAAGAUGGAAAAAAUGAAAGAAGAAAGGAAAAAAAAAACAAAAGAAAAGGCAGACAACAAAAGCAGAAAACGGCAGUCAGGGAAAGGAAAUACAAAAAAGCAGAAAAGAAAAAAAGGAAAAGGAAAAAAGAAGAAAAUCAGAAAGGAGACAGAGAAGGAAAAGAAACAAAAAAACUCUAGUCGGGUGCGUCGCGGUUCUCUGAAAAAAAACUCAAGAAGCAAUUCUCGACAUCUCUCAAAAUAUUCAAAAGCUGGUGGCACCCAAGCAUGGUGUGCCUCCACGUUGCCUUUGGCGAAAGGUGUUGAAUGGAGCCAUUACGCGCCCGCCACAGGCAGCAGCGAGUUACUCUUAAUUACUGAUAGUAAAAUGCUUGUUAUGCUGACAAGACAAGCUGAUGAUUGUGAGAAGAUACACAACGUCCGAUUCCAGGCUAUAACUACUAAAAGAGGAAAACCAGACGGAAAACAAACUCACAAGCGAGAACAUCCCAGCAUGGCAAUAACAGAAACUUUAAUAGAAGACGCAACCAAGCACGACAUUCUCAACUCUUUCAUUACACAGAUAGACAAUGACGGGAGAUUUGCUCAUAUGAAUCAGCCGCUUUAA